AUGUCCGAUCGUGCCGCUACCACCGACGCUCUUCACAAGACCACGCCAGUGUCUGAGGGGGAGACAUCACCCGAUCAUCUUGAUCGGACCAGUGAAGUUUCAGGCAGCGACGACGACGAUGAAUUCAAGACAGGCGAACCCAUUGACGAAGUCACACUGACCAAGCGCCAAAUCGACAGUGUAUUUGGGGUUCACAAGCGCGAUACCCAACUUCCCAUUCAAGACUUCGAGCUACCUGCGUCCCUUCUUAUCGACGUCACCAGUAUUUCCGGUGCAGCAAUGAUGGACCUUUAUAUCUCUGAUAGUGUUCCGGACCCUCAAAAUAUUCGCGAAGCAAUGGCAAGUCCAUUUUGGCCACAGCUAAAGGAAGCUAUGAUUCAAGAGCUGGACCAGUUGUGUAAGAAUGAUACAUGGGAGGAAGCCGUCCCACCACCUGGGGCCAAGGUCGUGUCAACAAGAUGGGUUUUUAAGAUCAAAUACAACUUGAUGGGAGAACUCGACAAGUUUAAGGCCCGGCUCGUGGCAAGAGGAUUCACCCAACGCUAUGGUGUCGAUUUCAGCGAAACAUACUCUCCGGUACUCAAAAUGGCAAGCGCGGGAUUUCUUAUUACGCUUGGGGCUCAGUGGGGCUGUAAAGUUCGCCAUGGUGACGUUCCCAACGCCUAUCUUCGUGCAUCGAUUGAUCGCCCGAUCUGCGUGAAACCGCCACACGGAUCCCCAGACGAAGGAGCAGUUUAUCGAUUGCUGAAGAGCCUUUACGGAUUGAAACAGAGCGGACGACUUUGGAACGACUUGAUUCAUAGCUUUCUUCUCGAGUGUAAUUACACACAAAGCCGCCAAGAUCCGUGCGUCUACUUCAAACAUGAAGCCAUCGGCACUACAGUUGUCGGCCUUUACGUCGACGAUGUCAUUAUAAUUGCACAGGAUGACUCCCUAUCUGAGACACUUAUGCAACAGCUCCACGACAAAUUCGACAUCAAUGAUUUGGUAAUCAGCAAGUGCCUCGGUAUUAAUGUGGAGACAACGGAUUUCGGCUUCUUUUUUCAACAACAGCACAACAUCGAUGCUCUCCUCGCCAGGCUCGAAAUGAAGAAUUGUACUACCCGUUCGACGAUAAUGGAAGAAUAA